UGAGCUCAUAGUUCUAUCUCAAAGCCCCCUACAUCAUCAUUGCCCCGGUGCAAACAUAUGCAAGAGUUGAUGGUAGAGACCCCAUGCUUAGCUGAGAACACCAGGCUGUGUUCCUCCCUCCCCCACCCCCCACAGGCCUGAAUCCAAACCUGGGACCCAGGAGGGGAAAGCAGCUAUGGAAACAGUCAAAGGUCUGUGAGUCACUCACAUCCUCUCCUCCCUCUCUCUUGUCUUCGUCCAGGGCGGCACAAUGGAGAGGAAAUGCCAGCAAUAAUCGCUAACAGGAGAGUUAGUCUCCACGCUGGAUAACAUAGCCAGUAUGGGAUGUGCUUCACCUCCUGGCCAGGCAAUCUGACCACCAUAGACUGGACCUCCAGGAGCCUUGGGCAAGUGACUUAUGCUCAGUGUUCUCUCCUGUGAAAUGGAUACAUUGACCUGCACUAUGGGAACUUCCUGUCACCCUCAGGACAGGGGACGGGACCUGGACACCUACAGCUCCCUGCAGCACCUAUCAUGAACCAAGAAACUAGGAUUGGCCCCUCAUGGAUCCUUUUAGCCAACAGCAGGACGGCGGGAACCUGUGGAGCUGUCUUGUGAGUCUGCUCAGCAGGCAUCCAGAAUGGCUGAGCACCAAGAUGCGGCUCUUCCUCCCUACCGUGGAGCUGAGCUCCAGUGAUGAUGCCCCAGAUGUGGAGCAAUGGGUCACCCAGCAACUCAGCAAGCUGCACGCCCAAGGGCGGGACACCUGGCAAUCGCUGGUGCACUGUGUGUGCAUGGAGCUGGAGGUGCCUCUGGAGCUGGAGGUGCUUCUGCUGAGCACUUCGGGCUGUGACCGAGAUGAGUUCCCCGGGCAGCUGGGAGCUGAUGAGGAGAGGCAGCCUGGAGCUCCACUGCACCAUGGCCUCAAGCAUCCUCAUCAGAGCUGUGAGUCCUUGCUGAGCCCCAAGUACUACAGGAAACAGCAGCUAGCAGAGUUGGCCAGAAAAUACUUGGAGCUCCUAAGGGCAUUCGUCCACCAGCACUAUGACAGCAAAUUCUCGGGGCCAGGGCAGACCCUUACCACCUACCAAUACUACAUCCCCUCCAUCCUACAAUGGAGCCGGGCUACAGCACCCUUGAACACCCCAGAGAGGCCCAUCGCCAGGGACAUCAACCCAGAAGAUGGCAGCGAUGUAGACAUCCAGGAACUCUUCAACUUCAGGGCCCACAAGGGCCCACAAGUGACAGUGCUCUUGGGAAAGGCCGGCAUGGGCAAGACCACACUGGCCCGGAGGCUCUGCCGGAAGUGGGCUGCUGGCCAGCUAGACCACUUCCAGGCCCUGUUCCUUUUUGAGUUCUGCCAGCUCAACCUGAUCAAACACUCUUUGACGCUGCCCCAGCUCCUUUUUGAUCUGUACCUGAGCCCCAAAUCAGGCUCUGACGCUGUCUUCCAGUACCUAGAGGAGAAUGCUGAUAGAGUCCUGCUGAUUUUUGAUGGGCUGGAUGAGGCCCUGCACUCCUGUUCUGACAAGGAGACCCUGGGCCCGGACGGCUCAGCUUCAGUCUUCACCCUCUUCUCUAAUCUCUGCCGUGGAACCCUCCUACCUGGCUGCUGGGUGAUCGCUACCUCCCGUCCAGGGAAGCUGCCCACUUGCCUGCCCAAAGAGGCAGCUGUGGUCCACAUGUGGGGCUUCGAUGGGCAGCGGGUGCAGGAGUACAUGAGCCACUUCUUCAGUGAGCAGCCUUCUAAAGAGAUGGUCCUGGAAGAGCUUCAUGCAAAUGGGCGUCUCCGGGGCAUGUGCGCGGUCCCUGCCCUGUGCCGAGUCACCUGCCUCUGCCUCCACCAUCUGCUCCCCCGAACCCCCGUGGGCCAGUCGGCAGCCCUCCUGCCCACGGUGACUCAGCUCUACCUGCAGAUGGUCCUUGCCCUCUGCCCCUGUGAGGAUCUUCCCGCUGCGUCCCUGCUGGGCCUGGGGGAGGUGGCCCUCGCAGGCCUGGACUCCGGAAAGGUUGUCUUCUGUUCGGAGGAUAUUCCUCCAGCCUUGGUGACUUUUGGAGCCACCCACAGCUUUCUGACCUCCUUCUACAUCCGCACAAGCCCCAGGCUCCAGGAGACGGGCUAUGCAUUUGCCCACCUCAGCCUGCAGGAGUUUUUUGCUGCCUUGUACCUGAUGGCCAGCCCUGUGGUGGACAGAGACACACUCACUCGCCAUGUCACCCUUCGUUCCUACUGGGUGCUGAGGACCAAAGGUAAAGUGGGCCUCUCAGACCAGCUCCCCACCUUCCUGGCUGGCCUGGCAUCUCACACGUGCCGUCCAUUCCUCAGCCACCUGGCCAAGAGGAAUGAAGCCUGGGUGGGCGCCAGGCAGGCUGCUGUUGUGCAGGUGCUGAGGAAAUUGGCCACCCAUAAGCUCACCGGGCCGAAGGUGGUGGAGCUGUGUCACUGUGUAGCUGAGACCCAGGAGGCUGAACUGGCCAGCCUCAUGGCCCAAAACCUCCCUGACCAUCUGCCCUUCCACAAUUUCCCACUGAGCUUCACAGACCUGGCUGCCCUGAUGGACAUUCUGGAGCACAGAGCUGACCCUCUGCACCUGGAGUUUGAAGGCUGCCUGCUGGAGCCCCACUGCCCGGAGGCUCUGAUAGGCUGUGGGCGGGUAGAGUCUCUCAGCUUUAAGAGCAGGAAGUGUGGUGACGCAUUUGCUGAAGCAUUGUCCAGGAGCUUGCCUACCAUGGGGAGCCUGCAGAGGCUGGGGUUAGUGGGAAGCAAGGUCACAGCCCGUGGCAUCAGCCACUUGGUGCAGGCUUUGCCCCUGUGUCGACAUCUGGAGGAGGUCAGUUUACAGGAUAACCAGCUCAAAGACCAGGAGGUGCUGGACAUCGUGACGGUGCUCCCUUGCCUGCCAAGGCUCUGCAAGCUUGACCUGAGCAGAAACAGCUUCUCUGUGUCAACUCUACUCCAGUUGGUGAAGGUGGCAGUCACAUGUCCUAAUGUCACAAUGCUGCAGGCCAGGGAGACAGAGCUCAUCUUUGUUCUUUCUCCGCCCAUGGAGUCAGAUGUGGAGCUGUGGAGAGCUCCAGACCUCCAGGAAAAUGUCAGCCCAAAAAGAGAGACUCUGGACAGAAGGCUGACACUCAGGCUCCAGAAAUGUCAGCUCAGGGACUGCGAUGUGCAAGUCCUCAUAGAGCUGCUCCGGGAAGGACCGCACCUGGAGGAAGUGGACCUCUCAGAGAACCAUCUGGAAGAUGAAGGCUGUCAACUCCUGGCAGAGGCUGUACCCCAGCUGCACAUCACCAAGAAGUUGGACCUCAGUAACAACAGACUCUCCACAUCCGGUGUGGCUUCCGUGCUGAGGGCUGUGGACACGUGCCGGAGCCUGGCAGAGCUGCACAUCAGUCUGCUGCACAAAGCUGUAGUCCUGAUGUUUGCCCAGGAGGCAGGGGAGCAGGAGGGAUCCUGGGAAAGUGCUGCACUUCUCCACAGCCGCUCACCCCUGGGGGCCUCGGAGCUGCCCUCCAGCUCCCGAGACAUCAGGCUGACGCACUGCGGCUUCCAGGCCAAGCACAUACAGAAGCUCUGCAAGAUCCUGGGGGGAUACCGGCGCCCCCACCACCCUGUCCAGCUGCGUCAUCUCGACCUAUCAGGCAACGCCCUGGGAGAUAAUGGGGUGGCUCUCUUGGCCCAGCUGCUCCCAGGCCUGGGGCCCCUGCAAUCCUUGAACCUCAGCGAGAAUGGUACGUCCCUGGCCACGGUGCUCAGCUUGGCCCAGUGCAUGGCUACCCUGCCAUGGGUUUUCCACGUGGACAUCAGCUUUGAGAACCAGCACAUCCUCCUGACAGGAAACAAGACAGGAAGGGGUGUAUUGGCUGCUGGACCUUUUCCAGAGCUCCGGGCAGGAACCCAGAUCUCGGGGUUCGGCCAGCGCUGCAUCACCAGGAGCUUCUGCCUCAAGGAGUGUCCACUGAACCCCCCCAGCCUCACUCGGCUCUUCCACUCUCUAGAGGCGUGCCCAGGGCCACUGGAAAUUCGGUUGUCCUGCAAGGCCCUGAGUGACAAGAGCCUGGAGACCUUGCUGCCUUGCUUGUCCCGGAUGCCCCAGCCAAGCCUGCUGCAGCUGAGCCAGAAGCAGCCAUCGCCUCGGAGCCCCUGGCUGCUGGCUGGCAUCCUCCCCCUGAGCCCUCGGCUUCGGAAGCUGGAGAUCAGGUCCCUGAAUCAAGCAACCCUACACUUCGGAUGCAAGGAGGAGCCACAAGGCCUGGACUGUGGGUUCCCGGGCUGCAGCCUCGGCCCAGUACAUGUGGAGCAGCUGUGCCACUUGCUGGGCAGGUGUAAAGCCCUCAGCCACCUGGACCUGGACGCAAACCUGCUGGGCGACCAGGGGCUCAGCGCUCUCCUGGAGCUCCUGCGGCAGACCCCCCUCUCGGGGUGGCUUGACUUGAGUCACAAUGGCAUCUCUCAGGAGGGCGUGCUGAGCCUGGUGGAGAAUCUGCCUGCCAACCCUCGCGUCCGGGAGGCCUUGGUGAACCUGGGCCCCGAGCAGCUCUUCCAGCUUCGCUUCUCCAGGCAGGAGGCGACGUGUGGAGUGACACUGAGGCUGAGCCACUGCCACUUGAGGACGGAGCACAUACCCAGACUGGCUGCUGGCUUGAGCCACACCCCCCAGCCCACGGAGCUCACGCUCACCGAGGACAGCUUGGACCUGACACAGCUGGCAGUGCUCCUGAGCCGGGUGAAGCGUCCAGCAGGGGUGCUGGGGCUCAGGCUCGAGGAGCCCUGGGUGGGCAGCGCCAGCGCCAACGUGCCCGACCUGCUGAGAGUCUGCGCCCAGGCCUCGGGCCACGUCACCGAGAUGAGCACCUCCGAGACACAGCUGUGGCUGCAGCUGGAAUUCCCUCGGGAGGAAGAGGAUCCCCAGGGGGCCCUCAGGCUGGGACCCCCCAUAGACCCCGGGACCCCACACCACCAUCUCACCACACAGCUGAUGGAGACAUGUGGCAGGCUGCGGCAGCUCAGCUUGUCCCAGGUUAACCUGUGCCGCGAGGAUAUCACCAGCUCCGGGCUGCUGCUGAGCCUCCUGCCAGCCCUCUCUGAGCUGCAAACCUUCCGGCUGACCUCCAGCUGCGGGAGCUCCGAAGGCCUCAUCCACCUGGUGUCCGGCCUGAGUAGCUGCCACCAUGUGGAGGAGCUGGACUUCUCCAACUGUCAGUUCGGUGAGGAGGGCAUCUGGGUGCUGAUGGCGGCCCUGGAGGGAAAGCGCAGGCUGAAGAGGCUCCGACUGAAUGAGAACAGCAUUGGUGACACAGGCUGCUGUCACCUCUCCCAGGCUCUCAGAGCUUCUGGCAGCUUGGAGGAGCUGGGCUUGAGCCACAACCAGAUUGGAGACAUUGGAGCCCAGCACAUAGCUGCCGCCCUGCCAGAGCUGCCUGAGCUCAGGAAGAUAGACCUCUCAAGGAACGGCAUCAGCCCAGUGGCAGGAGCCCAGCUAGCAGAAUCGCUCACCCUCUGCCAGCACCUGGAGGCGCUGAUGCUUGGCUACAAUGCUCUGGGGGAUCCCACGGCCCUGCAGCUGGCUCAGGGGCUGCCGCCGCACCUGCGGGUCCUCCACCUGCCAUGCAGCCAUCUGGGCCCAGAGGGGGCACUGAGCCUGGGCCGGGCCCUGGAUGGACACCCACAUGUGGAAGAGAUCAACUUGGCAGAGAACAACCUGGCCAAGGGUACCCCACUUUUCUACAAGGGACUCCCACAGCUCAGGAGGAUUUCCUUGGUUUCCUGCAAAAUCCAUGACCAGACUGCCAAACCCCUGGCCACCAGCUUCAUGCUCUGCCCAGCCCUGGAAGAAAUACUGCUGUCCUGGAAUCUCCUUGGGGACGCAGCGGCUGCAGAGCUGGCCCGGGUCCUGCCUCAGAUGGGCCAGCUGAAGAAAGUAGACCUGGAGAAGAAUCAGAUCUCGGCCCGUGGAGCCUGGCUUCUGCUUCAAGGGCUGGCCUGGGUGGCUGGCGAGCCGGUCAUCCGCCUCUGGAACAAUCCUAUCCCCGCUGACAUGGCCGAGCAUCUGCAGAGCCAGGAGCCCAGGCUGAACUUUGCCUUCUUUGACAAGCAGCCCUGAGCCUCCUGCAGCCCGUGAUGGGGCGCUCUGGACUCUUGGGCUCCAGCCAAAUGACGCCAGCGUCGUCACCCACCAGGGGUGGAAGGCUGGCGCCC